UGUUUGGAACUGUAGAUUCUGAUUUGUUAAAGAGGUUUAUUGUAAACAGUAGAUUUUUAUAUUUUGUAAAAUGCACAACUGGCAACACUGCAGCACAAACUAUUGACAAGUCUGACCACAUGACCACAUGUUGUACUUGUGAACCUUUACUUGGAACUAUUAAUGUAUUGUUUUCACUUUAUUGUGGAUAAAUUUCAAAUGAAUGUGUUUUGUGUGCGUCAGAUCCUGCAAACCUCCGGGAACUGGUACAAAGCAGAACUUAACAGAGUCAAGGGUUUUGUCCCUAAAAACUUCAUCAACAUUCACUUGCCCAGCUGGUACCAGGAAAACGCCAGUCGCAGUGAUGCCCAGCAGAGCCUGAUGUCUCAGCCUGUGGGAGCCUUUCUCAUACGGGGCAGACAAAAUGCAGGCCCUGGUGAAUUCUCCAUCUCCGUAAGGUGCAUUCAGUGUUUCCAUGCUGAGCUAAAAAAAGAAAAAAAGAUUACUAUUUCCAAAUAGUUAACAGUUGUAUAUUGACUGAUAAAGCAACUGCAAACAGCUCAAUUCAUAUAUACCAUUUUCUAAAAAUAAUAAUACCAUAUAGUGGUUUAAAUAUUUGUCAAGAAUAAAGGGUUCAUGCUGAUGUUUUGUUUAAAUCAGGUAAAACUGGUCUUUUUAAAACUCAUCUACAAACAGUAACUUUUUGUGCUUCGUGCCUGUCAUUAAUGCCUCUACCUUGUUGUUUCAGACAUCUGUCUCUAUCUCUUUCUGUCACUGUCACAUCGCUGUGGCCAAGAACAGGCCAUGAUUAGUCCUCACCACUUCCUCCAGCCGAAAGCAACACUUUCUUUCUCAGAAACUUCUCUGCUUGCAGCAAUCUGACAGUGAUCAUUGAAUAGCAUACUUAAGACGCCUCAAAGUGCUUUAAUUUUCCUACUCAUUGAUCUUGACUGAGCGAUUUAUGGAGAUGAAUGUGCAGCUCCCAGACUCACAGCAAAAUGUACCCAUUCAGCCUGAUGUGUACAAAUUUAAUACACUGUUAGGCACUAAAACUUAGUAUACUGCUAAACUGAAAUACCCACAAUUAAGUUUGACAAAGCUGUUCUUUAAAUUCUUUGGGGUUCUGUUUAUAUAUUUGUAGUUAAAUAUAAGUUUUUCCAUUCAUUUUUAAUUGAAGGAUGCAUUGGAGGAUGUCCAGAUGAAGUGCCUUUCAGCUUUUUUCAUCUCUCUUUUCACUUUUUUCUCUGUAUAUUAACUUUUAUCUUUUGUACUAGUGAACAAAUUGAACAACUUCUGAGUAACUGACAAAACAUUUCAUGUUGCUAUAAUAGAUUAUUGUAACAUUUUAACUGAGGAUGCAACUUUGUGUCAUGGGUGGACAGUGAUGUCACUGCCUUUCUGUCAUCCCAAUCUCCCAAACCUAGUUUAGCUUGGUGCUUUCUGAGUGUCUUUAUGUUCUGCUUUCUCUUCAUCUUUAAUCACUCUGUUCUUUUCUUCUCUACCUCAUGUGCAUCUUGUGUCCUUUUAGCUGAUGGUAGGAUUGUAGCUCUUUUGCAAGGACUACAGGUUAACAAGCUUAGUAAACCCAACAAUAUCUUUAUUACCGCCCGGCAAAACUGCGUUUUCCAGAAGGUAUUGUUUUGAGCUGCAUGGUCUUGGUUGGUUGGUUGGUUGGUUGCUUGUUUGUCUGUAACAAUUUGGUUUCCGUGCGAUAACUCGAUAAAAUAUUGAUGUAGCCUCACCAUAGUUUGUACACAGGUGUAACAUACUAAGACACAGGUCAAGUUCGAAUUUGGUGACCGUGACCUCAUUUUCAAGGUCACAGGGGUCAUCUGGUCCAAGUUUGGUAAAACUUCUUGUUUAUUUUAUUUUUUUAAAGGCUUUUUAUGUAAUGCAUGAACAUAGAAAGAUGUGCCCUUGGUAAAAAAAAAUCAUAGCAAAGAAAGACAUUUACAAAGAAACAACUAAAAAUGCAUCACAGUGUUCUCUUAUCAUCUUGUAGACAUCCAACAGAUGUGCAGCAUUUCAAGGUGCUGCAGGACAGCAGAGGGCAGUAUUACCUGUGGUCAGAAAAGUUCCUUUCUCUCAACCAGCUGGUGGAAUAUUAUAAAAGCAACUCUAUCUCCAUAAAGAGACAAAUAUUUCUGCAGGAGACACAAACAAAGCAAAGAGAAGGCUCAGAUAGUUUACCACAUCUACCUGCUCCUGCUGACUCUCGCCCACUUUGUGACCGUGUCCCGUCCCAAGCACCACGUCAGUUCAAAGCCUCCCCCACGAUGCAGGUCAGAGCUCUGUACGACUUCCAGGCAGAAGAGACAGACGAGCUGGAGUUCAACGCUGGUGAUAUCAUCGAGGUCCUUGAGUCCUCGGACCAGGCCUGGUGGAAAGGCCAGCUGGGGGACAAAACAGGCCUGUUCCCUUUCAGCUACACCAAACCCAUCUGAGAGCAACAUACAGGAAAACAAAUGUACAUGUAGCCCAACGUUUUUAUUCAAACUAAUGUCGACUGCCGGUUCUUGGGACUGAACUACAAAACUUACAGCAAGUCACUACUCGAAAGUAGCAGCAAAAGUGUUAUCGUGUCACAGCAGAAGGCAUCAGCCGUCUAAUAUGAAAAUGAAGAUGAACCUGUUUGUUUAGUUGCACGCAGACACACGCUGCACAUGGGAUUUCCCAUCAUGGAAGGCAUAGCUUUGGUUUCUUGUUAAAGCAACAUAAUGUGGUCCAAUGAAUUAAUGUAAAUUAGGCUAUUUUUGCAGUCUGGACAACGUUACAGUGUUGUUUAUACAUCAUCAGUGAUGUGCUAAUAUAUAUAUAUGGCAUAAACUGCAACAUCCACCAAAGUCUAUGUCUUUUAUUUGGAUUUAUGUAUCUAUGAAGUUCAAACUGACUGCAGUAUGUGAACUUAAAUGGCUCUUCUCCUUACAACCAUGAAAGCCAAGCAGUGAAGACAGUGAUCAGUGACAUGAUAAACUUUUAUUUAAAGAAAAAUGUCUACAUUUGCACAAUAACUUUUGAUACUUUGCUGUUGUUUUUACUGUUCCGAUUGUGGAUUUAAAAGCAAAACAUAUGAUCAGCUGACAAACUAUGAUGCAAUGUUAUGGGGAAAAAAAAAAACUCAGAUUAUAAAACUCUGCCAACCCUGCUCACACAUCAGCAAUAACAUGCCAGUAAUAUAGAAUACAAACCACAACAAAUCAGUCUACAAUAUGGGACAACAAUCUACCAAGGUCCAAUUUUUAUUACUGUAGUUUAAGAACCUGCACAGUCAUUACCAAUUGGUCAGUCUCCAGAGAACAAAGGGGUUGUGCAAAAAUGUAAUAAUUAAACCAUCUGGAUGAUUCACUGGUGUGUGAUCACGUCUGCACAGGAAGAAAAUGUUUUUGAAACACUGAAAGAUUAAAAGUACAAGAAAACACUCAUAUACUGUCAUAUGUUUGUAUACUUACUACUAAACACACAUUUAUUAGUUUAUAUUCACGCUGCCAAGAGUAUACAGAGGGUUUGUGAAGAUUUUGUCAGAAUAAAUAUAGGAUGUGUGAUACAUUCCUUAGGGCAAAUGACAAGGCUUGUCUUGUUUGGCCUGCAUAGAAUUCAUCUGUUUGCUCAGUUUAUUGCUCGGGCUGGUGUGUUUUCGCAACAUAAACGGGGGGUGGGCUGGGAGGGAAAGAGAAACUUCCAACAGCUCUACAUGUUUCCCGGAGAGUGGAAGAGUUUCCACAGAAACAGCCCUCAAACGUUUGCUGCAUUCAGGUUCCAACUGUAAAUUGGCCACUCUCAUUGGUAAAUAAGCCACAAGGGGAAAUUAGCAAUGUCACAGCAGAAAAGUGGCAGUAAGAAAAGCGAGAAAAGACAACUACAAGUUAAAGAGAUGAGGUAUACACUCAUACAAUAUAUACAAUAUAAGAAAAACGGAAGAACACAAAGAUACUAGAACACAAAGAAUAUUUAGCUACAUGAAUGAACUGCACUUUGGAGAAUAUUUCAUAACUAUACAUAGCAUAGGUAUAUCCUAAAUCUUAACAUUCUAUUUUUAAAAUGAUUCAUUAUAUGUAUAUGUGAAGUUAUCUGGUUAUGUAUUUUAUUAUGACUAUAUGGCAGAAUUACCAGAAAUGGCAAUGAAAGCUACAUCUUAAUCAUAUAUAAAAUGUUACAGGAAACACUAAUAAGUAUUCUGUGUCAAGCAACAUCAACAGAACAACAGACUGACUGUCAAUGAGUAAGUGUAGUCAUGCCUACACUCUAGUAGAUGCUCUUUAUUCCUCUGGCACUUGAAGGCAUCAUGAUCUCUGAGCCCCACCUCUGUCCCUCCCGGUCAGGUAAAAUAAAACUUCCCCGGUUUUAUUUUUACCUGUGCAGUGACACAUCAGCAGGCAGGUAACUUCUCCUCCUGGCAUUAGAGGGUUCCUGAGCUCCAGGGAGGGAGACAGCCGACCAUGGCCGAAUCCCAGCUCAUGUGCAUGGAGGACGGCCACAUCGGAGCCAAAGUCCCGGAGACCAGACCGGAGUUCUACUACAGCGAGGAGCAACGCGUGGCCAUCGAGGAGCUGCUCAGGAAUGGCGAUGGCGCCUUCAAAACACGACUCAAAGAAGACAACAUGAAAGAUUUCCUGUCUGCCAGGGAGGUCAAACUCUUCCUGACCUCUUUCAAACGCUACGACUCCGGGAAUGACAGCAGCGGCGGCGGCAGCAGCGCAGCGUCCCCGAAGCAGGGAGCCGCCGCCGGCACCGACGCGGAUUCGGGGGUCCAUUCCACCUACUGGCCCCAGAUGUCGGACACUGAGGUGCCGUCGCUGGAUAUCGGCUGGCCCAGCGGGGGGUUGUUCAAGGGGGUGACCCGGGUGGCCGUGCACACACACCCGCCCAAAGACAACGGACCCCACAUCAAGGAGGUGGUGAGGCGGCUCAUCCAGGAGGCCAACAAGGUGAUAGCCAUAGUGAUGGACCUGAUCACAGACAUCCAAAUACUGCAGGACCUGAUGGAUGCAGCUUGGCGUCGCUCCGUGCCCAUUUACAUCUUGUUGGAUGAACAAGGUGUGCCACACUUCCUGGAUAUGUGCUUCAGACUGCAGAUUGGAGCACAGCAUCUCCGGAAUAUCAGGGCCAGAACGCUUCAGGGCAUUGGCUUUGGGUUGUCCUUCGGCAGACUCCCAGGGUCACUCUGCAAUAAAUACAUGCUGGUAGAUGGAGACAAAGUCAUGUUUGGCUCCUACAGUUUCUCUUGGAGUACAUCUCGUAUGGACAGAAACAUGAUCACUGUGAUGACAGGACAGGUGGUUGACUUCUUUGACCGAGACUUCCGAGAGCUCUAUGCCAUCUCUGAGAAGCUGGACCUUUACAAAGAGUUUCACGUUAGCCCGCCGGCUGCUAACACGACCACCACCAUUCGUUCCAAAGUGGGAUCCAAGCGCCCCCCAUUACCAGCAACCACAUCCCGCUUCCAGGUUAGCUUAGGGGAUUCACCGAAUCCUGACAUCCAGGUGCCUGCACACAAAUACUACAACCCCAAAUAUGCUCUGGCGUUUGGAGAUGUUCCACGUCCACCAGGAUCUCUGCAGGAGCGAGGACCUAAGAGGGGUUCAGUGCUGGCUGAGAUUCCCGGGGAGAUGGACCAGGAGAGGCCACGACUGACCAGCAGUGAGAGGAUGGGUCCACCGCCCUCAGAAACCCUAAGUGAAAGCUUUUCAAAGGCAAACGGAGUCAAACAGGACAAAAAGGGGCGGUUGACAUGGAAGAAAUUGUUUAAGGGGAAAUCUUUUAUUAAGCCGCCUGAAAACAGCAGCGCGUGCCCUUCACCCACAGAAACAAAUCGAACUGAUGAGAUUGAGGAUAGUUUUGAGGUGGUUGUGGUAUCUCCAUCCAAAGGGAAGAGGACACCGUCGAAACUGGACCGGAGGACACCGUCUGAGCAGACCGUCAACACUGCACGGGACAAUGAGAGUCUUAAGAGUCGACGUCGAGGAAAACAAGCAUGCAAAGUGUCUUGAUCUGAUCCUGCCUGUUUUUAACCUCAGAACUCAUUCACACGUUCUUACAAAGGAUUACAAAAUGACUUCAACACUAACAUCACACAUGAACGUGCAAUAUUGUAAGUAUUUUAUAACGACCAGAUGAAUGUAUAGUCUUUCAGAUAUGCACGCACAGUUUUUAUGUGAAGUGCUGAACAUAAAACCAAUGGUCAAAGUACUGUGGGAUACCUGUUUCCCUGCGUGGGUGCAGAAAUAUUUAAUAAGAUAUUUCUUGUUGAUCACUUCCUUUUUGUUUACUCUGAACCUUGUUGGGAUUUUAGAUUCUUCACUGUUGGGCUCAUGAGUGUUUUGCAUUUUAAAGACAAAAAAUUAAGUUGUUAUUUAAUGAGCAACCUAUAGCAGUGCAUUUCCAUACUGUGGAUGAUUUGCUUUUGCUACACACAAUUACAGAGAGAUUUUUUUAAAGCAGUUGAGCAGAUAUGGACCUUGCGUUUACCUUUUUUAGUGAGGUGUGCACUGUAAACUUUACUAUUUUUCACUUGUAAUUUAUCUGAAAGUGAAUGUUGCUAAGAAUGUAUCUGUUUGAUCCACUAAUAUUCUGUUCUUUAGACUUAAUAAAUAGUUUUCUUUAUUGAUUCCACA